GGGAGGGGAGGAGCGAGUGUGAAGCUCUGUGUGUAUUGAAACUCUCUUUUCUGUCCCUGCAUUCCAACCCUGAUCAAAGCCUGAAGGAGAGAAGAGGGGGGAAAAAACCAUACAUAAUACCAUGGUGAGAUCGGCCCGUUUUGAGGAUCGACCCAUGGAUGCACGCUCUCAGGAAUCGGCCACGAUAGGACUCGGAAGCAGCGAAGAAUCGCACGCCUGUAAUCCACUUUUGAUUUAUUUUAAGCACUAAAGCGAGACAGGCUUGAUGGGGGCCAAACAGAGACGUUUUCUUUUUCAUUUUUAAAGAGGGACGCAAGAUGGCAGAUGACAGACUCCAGUAGCGAGAACCACUCCGUUUCGCUUUAAAAUAUGUAUAAUUUUGGAGGUGUAUCGGAGUAAGACUUCGUCUUUUCUCGCCUGAAGAGAUCAAAGUGAAGGCACUCGGCAGUCCAGUUUUCUCUAGACUUGGUUACAUACCAGUGUAUGUUCUCUCUAUGUUCCUUUGUUAUAAUGAGGGGAAGUCUAGUAUGAGCGUAGUCUACACAUAUGUGUAAGAAUUAACCGAUUUGGUCUGGUUAAGAUCGUUGUUUUCUAUGAAAUUCAGAUUUAUAAGACGCUACGGGGGAUGUGCGAUAUGAGUACGUUAUUUUAAUAUAAAGUGUAACGCACGUCUGUAUGGAGAGCCAGCCGAACCAUUAUAAUCCUCUUUGGAAAUAAAAUCCAUGUCAUUGUGAUGCGAUGUCAAAAUAGCAGCGGACAAUAACAACAAAAGCCUGGUAGUGAGAAUACUAAUUUACUUCCAACAGCUUUUAUUAGUCUCUCGCUCGAGGCUGUUCGCGAAAAACGGCCUAUUUAACGUUACCUAGUAAACGAGGAGCUGUCAGCAGACUAGAUUAUUCAUAGAUACAUAACUAGUGGGCGCAGGAAUCGGCCACACGUGUAGAAUAUGAACUAGUGUGUUGGCAUUUGAAGUCACAAGACAGAAAAGUCCACUUUAGUGCUGUUGCAACACCAAAUUCUCGCGACGCCUACAGUUGACACGAACGAAUGAAUAAGUGGGUGGUGUAAUGAUGUUGCCUUGAGCUAAAGUGUGCUCAAAGUAUACUCUUCUGGAGUAUUCACACUCUCACUGGCACAAAGUUGAGGUUUGUGGGAUAAAACAAGGUCCUUGUGGUUCCCACUCCACCCAUUUCAGUGUCGACAGAGGAGCACCUAUUUUAUACAGUUUUUACAUUGACUUGUCAGCAUUAAAGAUGGCUGAGAACUGGAAGAACUGUCUGGAAGAGGAGCUCAUAUGCCCUAUUUGUUUGAAUGUGUUCUCAGAGCCGGUUCAGCUCCCUUGCAAACACAACUUCUGCCGCAUGUGUAUCAACGAGGCCUGGUCUAAAGACACAGGAAUGGUUCGCUGUCCCGAAUGCAACCAUGCCUACAGCCAAAAACCAGCUCUGGAGAAGAACCACAAACUGUCCAACAUUGUGGAGAAGUUUAACGCGUUAAAUGUUGAGAAGACUCCUGCGGUCUUGCACUGCAUUCUGUGCCGGCGCGGCCCUCCACUUCAAGCCCAGAAGGUUUGCCUCAGGUGCAAUGCACCCUGCUGCCAUUCCCACGUACAGACCCAUCUCCAACAACCCUCUUCUAACGCUGGACACUUACUGGUGGACGCCGAGGACGUGCGGGCCUGGAGCUGUCCACAGCACGACGAGUACAGACUAUAUCAUUGUGAAACCGAGCAUGUGGCCGUCUGCCAGUACUGCUGCUUCUCCAGAUGUGCUACCAACCACGGCCACGCGGUGUGCGAUAUAGAAGUCAGACAUAACGAUAUCAGACAAAUGCUGAUCAAACAGCAGGAUCGAAUUGAAGACCGGGUUCAGGACAUAGAAGAGCAGCUCUACAAAUUAGAAUCUGACAAAUGUCUCAUGGAAGACAAAGUGCAGCACCUGAAGGAGGAGGUGCAGCUGCAGUAUCAGAAAAUGCAGCAGCUCUUGGAGGAGGAUCUGGGGAAGACCCUGGAGGUCCUGGAUAAGGCCCAUUCCAAGUUCUGCCAGGAAAACUCUGCGCAGGCCCUGCAGCUUCACCAGAAACAGCAAGAGGUUAAGAAACUGCUCAGCUCCAUCCAGAUGGUUUUUGAUAAGGCAGAGGACAUCGGUUUUAUGAAGAACACGAAAUCUGUGAAAAUACUAAUGGACAGGUCUCAGCCGUAUGUGGGCAGCACAUUGUCACCAUACAAAGUGGGCAGCCUCAACUCCAAACUCUUUCUGUCUGAAAUCUCUAAAAGAGAGAAGAACAUCUGCAAGAUGCUGGAAGCUCCGUUCAGUGCACCUGCAAACUUUUUCCAGAGUAUUCCGGCGUACAUGUGCGAGAAGCGCAGGCAUUCCGUGGCGUUCCCUGAAGGCAGCGGCAGCACCCGAGCGGGUGCUAGCUACAUGGACUCUUCCUCCUCAUCAGGCCCUGCGGCUGCCAAGCAGCCGUGCCUGAGUCUCACUCAGGGCUCUGCCCCAGGCGAAGGUCAGUCCUCCCAGCAAGCUCUAGGGCCAUGUGGCUCCACCCAACACGUAGGAACCAGCAGCUCAGCCUCCGGCUCUCAACCCUUACCACACUCUGCCUCGGUAUUCCCGCAUUCCCAUUACCCAAAUGGCAGCUCCUCCCAGCUGUCCCAGUACGGAGCGCGGAAGAUCCUGAUGUGCACGGUCGAUAACUGUUACUGCUCAGGGGUGCCCUCUGUGUCCAAUCACCGCGGCCAUCCGCCCUACCCUCGCUCCAGCUCCUUCCCCUGGCCAGUGAGCUCGCAGGAGUACUCCCACGCUCCCCUGCCCUCGGCCCCGGCCAUGUCCCAGUCUCUCCAGAGCCUGUCCAUGCGCGACUGGAUCGACGCCUCUCAGUCGCACAGGCACACUGACUUCUACAGCCUCUACGGCCAGUCUUCCACCAAGCAUUACGUCACCAGUUAACCCCUGCUCCAGUGACUGCUGCCAGUCACCAGAUGGGGCGUCUUUUUCCGCCGAGAGAUGUCUUAAAGAGAUGCAUGUGGGGCAUUUUUGUACGCAGACCUUAUCAAUCAUUUAGAAUUAACUUGGAUGAACUGCUGAAGUCCGAGAGCAGUGAAAAAGAAAGUUAAUAUCACAAAGUCAAGCAUAGCUUUGCACAUUAUUUAGGCACUAAUGGUGUUGUGAUUAUGUACCAUGAACUCAAGUGGCUCUUCUAAAAAUAACACUCAAUGUUUGCAAGAGAUGGAGAAAUGAUGGAGGAUGCUGUCUUUUGUCGAAUCAUCAAUAAUGUUGCACUUUCUUUGUAAGAUCAAAAUUUUCGCAAUUACCGUUGACUCAUCGGGGGAAACGAUGGAAGUCAGCAGUAAAACCAUUAAGUCAGCUCUUAAUGAAACUUAAGGCAAUUUACUGUUGAGAGAAUUGUAGCCCACAAAGUUUUAUUAACUUCACAUGGUUGUCGUUUGUUAGAACACCCAUGUGCAAAAACUCUGUAUAGUUUCCCAACCUUCCAUAUUUCAGCUUUAAUUUUGUUUAAAUGGGACUCUGUGGUCUUUUUAUUCAUCACAAAUAGCACAAGUACAUGUUAAUUUGAACCAUUCUUAACUGUUUUUUCUUAACCCGGAAACUGGAACAGCACAACAUUGUCAUCGCCGCCAUUGUUCGCUUGACCUUCCCUACUGAAUGCAGCUUUUUAAUGGAAAUGCCCUUCACCUUGGUUCACAGUCCUCUCCUCUACGCGCCUCCACCCACAACCUUCAAUCUGGUCCUUCAAUCAACCUUCAAAAGCCACAGAAACGCUCCCCUUUACAUCCUGUAUGUUAAAUGCAGGAUGCAUUGGUUUCGCAUUCUUUCUUUACCCGUGGCCUCUCAUUAUAUCUGACUCAACAGCGGCUUUAGCGCAAACGUGUCAGCCGAAGACGAAAUGGCCUGUGUUCAGAGGGUCAUGGUGCACUUGAUGCCUGUGCAUUUACUGUCAAUGCUGUAAUUGUUCUUCCUUGUGUUUCAUGCCGUUUCCGGCUCCAAGCAACGGAGCCUCUGGCUUCCUGUUUGUUACUGAGGGCAUGUGGGAAAAGAGUUUAUGAGCACUCGUAAAAAAAUAAUAAAACUGUUAGCAGUUAUAAAAUGACUUUUGAAACAGGGAAUGAAGUUUUUGGUUUUGUUUUAUUUUUUAUUUUUUUUAGAUCUACUUAAGAGAAACGUUGACCAAUGAACGUUACGAAACUAACUGAAUACUUGGGAUAAGAAAUGGAGGGAUUUUCUGUUGUAAAUAUUUUGUGAAAUGAAAAAGAAAGACUUGUAAUUUGGAAAGAUUCUUGU